AUUUGUGCUUCGACAAUGGAUGAAUUGAUUUCAGGAAUGUACAAAGAUAAGAUUUAUAAAAAAUUCAUUAUAGAUUGUCGAUCGACAAAUGAAUUCAAAGGUGGACAUAUAAAAGGUGCCAAGAAUAUAUCAGAUAAAGAAAUCAUAGAUCAAGAAUUGUUUUCUCCCGAUAUGACUGCGAUAGCAACCAAACGACUUGAAUGUAGGAAGCGUAUAUUACUCAUCUUUCAUUGUGAAUUCUCGGCGAUGAGAGGUCCAAAUAUGGCGACCUAUGUUCGAGAGCGGGAUCAAGAAUUACAUAGCACAGAAGGUUUACUUUACAAAGAAAUUUACAUUCUUGACGGUGGUUAUGCAAAGUAU